AUGCCCCCCCUCGUCGACCCGCCCGUCGACGACGACCCCCCUCCCCUGGAGGACGACGAUCACGACGACGCCCAGCUCGAGCGCGACGCCGUCGCCGCGGACCUCGCGCUCGGCGACGCGCCGGCGGACUACGACUUCUCCGCCGCGGGGCGCGACGACUCGGACCUCGACGGCGCGACCAUCUUCGGGGAGCAGUCGACGCAUAACUACCCGGACGUCCACAGGGACUGGGGCGACGCGACCGUGUGCUCGCCGGGCCCCGCCAGCGGAGGCGGCGGUUUCGGCGGGCGAGGACGCGCCGCCGCGUGCGAGGACGCGCGCGCGGGCGCGUGGAACUCCGAGUACCGCGCGCAGCUCGAGGCCGCGCUCGCGAUGGUACAGGACAGCAAGGACGUCAUGUCCGGCCUCAACAAGCUCCGGACAACGAGGGAGAAGGCGCGGAGGGAGGGCGAGGUCGAGAUGGACGAGAAGAAAGGGCAGACCGCGCUCGAGGCGGAGAGGGACUGGGUGGAGACGCGCGAGGAGGAGCUCGCGCGCUUGACGAGGACGAAGCGAAGCGCGAUCGAGGAGGAGAAGCGCGCGAUUAAAAACGCGGAGAAGGAACGGCUCGUUGGCGCGCUCCCGGAGUUCAUCGCGCGGCGCAACGCGGAGCGCGGCGGCGGAAUGGACGCCGUGGACGGGAGCGUGGGCGAGGACGCGAUGCGGGAGCUCAUCGCCGGGCAUAAGGAGUGGCUGAGCAGUUUAGGCGCGGAGGAGCGAGAGCUGGCGGCGGCGCGGGAAAAGUUUCGCGCCAAGGCGGCGAAGGACGCGGCGGCGGCGGCGGCGGCGGCGGCGGAGGAGGAUUCGAUCUCGAGGGACGCGCCGGGGACGCCGCCCUGGAAGAGAGAGGAGGUCGGGGGUGCCGACCCGGGUGCCGAGUCGGGUGCCGAGUCGGGUGCCGACGACUUGGACGACGAGGACGACGAGCUCGAGCGGUCCUUCGGGCACGCGAUUCCCUCGUCGAAGACGCCGCCGAAGCUCUCGAGGGACGUGGACUUUUGGAGCCGGGACGUGUACGGCGCGGACGACGUCGACGGCGAGCUCGACGCGUUCGAGAAGCAGAUGGCGGAGAUGUGCGCGCUGGACAUCGAGAACGCGCGCCGGGCGAAGCUGGAGGCGAAAGCGGCCGCGGAGGAGUGA